AUGAAGGAUGGCCAUGAGAGCAUCCACAAGCUGAAGGAGAAAGCCAAGAAGCGGAAGGGCCGAGGCUUCGGCUCAGAGGAGGGCUCGCGGGCUCGUGUGCGCGAGGACUACGACAGCGUGGAGCAGGACGGGGACGAGCCGGGCCCACAGAGGUCGGUGGAGGGCUGGAUCCUCUUUGUCACGGGGGUUCACGAGGAGGCGACGGAAGAAGACAUCCACGACAAAUUCGCGGAGUACGGCGAGAUAAAAAACAUCCACCUGAACCUCGACAGACGGACGGGCUACCUGAAGGGAUACACUCUGGUCGAGUACGAAACCUAUAAAGAGGCGCAGGCGGCCAUGGAGGGGCUGAACGGCCAGGAGCUGAUGGGGCAGCCCAUCAGCGUGGAUUGGUGCUUCGUGAGAGGGCCCCCGAAAGGAAAGAGAAGGGGCGGACGCCGACGGAGCAGGAGUCCGGACAGGCGACGCCGAUGAUGGAUCCUCAUUCCUACCUGUGCGUUCCGAGUCCAAACUGGGGAAACUGGGACGGGGAGGGGUUUGUACGUUGGGGAUGGGGCAUGGAGGGGUAGAACAGGUCGUCGCUUUGGCAAAUUUGCUUCUUACAAGAUUUUAUUGUUUUCAAACGAGAAAGCGGGAGUGAAGAAGCAACGCGGGGCGGGGGAGGGGAGGCACCUCCGCUUGCGUUGGCGGCAAACGCGGCCCCCGAGCCCGCUCGCCGCUCGAACCGCCGCGUCUGUAAGCCUUCUGUCGCGCCUGCGAGUGACCUGACGUUCUGGCUGCUCUUCUUUUUUUGGAGAGAAGCUGUUUUCCGUACCCCAGGCGAACGUUCCGGGGGGAGGGGGGAGUUUUGUUCCGUGGGCUUGGCACUGGGG